AGUUCGUCUCUCUGUAGUCUGAGGAUUAAUGGAGGGCUGUUGAUUUUGGCAAGUAAACCACAGCUGAUCGGAUCUGAAACCUGAGAAAUCAUCGGACCUGAGCUCCAGGAAAGGGAGGGGCUGCUAUCGAUUUGCAAUAAUAAUUACUUGGAAAAGUGGAUAUAUAAGGUUUUUGUGUCGGAAUACAUUGGAAAGUAAAGGGCCUUUAGUGGGGUCUGUAAGUGACUGACUGAUAGUUAGCUAGCUAGCUAGGAAGGCGACGAUAGCUAGCUAGCGAGCCAGCCAGGCGCGCCGAACCGGUUCGACGUUCUUGAUUGUACCAGGUAGAGAGCUAAGCAACAUUCGCAACAGAAUUAGAGGGAAAACCGGCUAGCUAGCUAGGUUGUUGGCUAGCCAUUGGCUGGCCAGCUAGCUAGCCUGUGCAGCUAGCUAGUUUACCCCCCCAACCCCGGAUAAAGGAAAAGUAGUAGCGGAGUACAAUUGACUGUUGCCUAGUUAGCCAUGAUAACAGCCAGCUAGUAACCAGCUUCCUCAAAUAAAGAACUCAAAAGGCUCCUGAAAACUCAAAAGUAACCCAGAUCCAAGGGAUCCCUAUCGGCCUGCAAUCAUGGGCAACGCGCCCACCGCCAAGAAGGGCAACGAGAUGGAAAGUGUGAAGGAGUUUCUUGCCAAAGCCAAAGAGGAUUUCCUCAAGAAAUGGGAGAAUCCAGCACAGAACACCGCGGCCUUGGAUGGCUUUGACCGUCUGAAGACCCUGGGCACGGGCUCGUUUGGUCGAGUCAUGCUGGUCAAGCACAAAGAGUCGGGCCAGCAUUUUGCCAUGAAGAUACUUGACAAACAGAAGGUGGUGAAGCUGAAGCAGAUAGAACACACGCUGAAUGAGAAACGCAUCCUGCAGGCCGUCAGCUUCCCCUUCCUGGUGCGUUUGGAGCACUCUUUCAAGGACAACACUAACCUGUAUAUGGUGAUGGAGUAUGUCCCUGGCGGUGAGAUGUUCUCACAUUUAAGGAGAAUUGGCAGGUUCAGUGAGCCCCACGCCCGCUUCUACGCCGCCCAAAUUGUUCUGACCUUUGAAUACCUUCACUCACUGGACCUCAUCUACCGAGAUCUGAAACCAGAGAACCUGCUCAUUGACAACCAGGGAUACAUACAGGUAACAGAUUUUGGUUUUGCAAAGCGCGUGAAGGGCCGGACCUGGACGCUGUGUGGCACUCCGGAGUACCUGGCCCCUGAAAUCAUCCUUAGCAAAGGUUAUAAUAAGGCGGUGGACUGGUGGGCUCUGGGCGUGCUGAUUUAUGAGAUGGCUGCUGGCUAUCCUCCCUUCUUUGCUGACCAGCCCAUUCAGAUCUAUGAGAAGAUUGUAUCAGGGAAGGUGCGCUUUCCCUCCCACUUCAGCUCGGACCUGAAGGACCUGCUGAGGAACCUGCUCCAGGUGGACCUGACCAAGCGCUUCGGCAACCUGCGCAACGGAGUCAACGACAUCAAGGGACACAAGUGGUUCGCCACCACUGACUGGAUUGCCAUUUACCAGAGGAAGGUGGAGGCACCGUUUAUUCCCAAGUGCAAAGGCCCCGGUGACACCAGCAACUUUGACGACUAUGAGGAAGAGGAAAUCCGAGUCUCCUUCACAGAGAAAUGUGGCAAGGAGUUUGCUGAGUUCUAGGCCCAACCAGGAGUAGCGGAAAGAGCCAGGGAUGUAGAGAGAAGGCAGGAACAGAAGGAAAUGGGAGGAGAGGUGAUAAGCUGGACUGCUAACUUGCAUUUUGUAAUUACGACAUCAACAAUGUAACAACCCCACCCCCCAAAUGAAGAGCGAGUGAAAAAGAACGAGAGAAAAGACCUGAAAGAGCCAGCAGUGUUGCCUUUUCUGAUUGUUUCUCACCUUGUUACUUAUCCAUGUCCUGUUUUCCCUCUUGUGUUUGUGGCGAGGGUAGAAGGGUCAGGCAGGGGCUAACCACCUCUCUCUUCAGUUGGUUUGUAUCUUGGCAGAGGUGUAGCGACACAUUUUGAGUCAUUGCAGGCAGGUUGAGGCAUUGAUGUUCUGGUACUGAAUCGAGGCUCCUCCUGAGUGGGUCCUCUCUACAAGCUUCUCAAUGAAUGAGGGCAUCUCAUUCUUGUUUUGUAAUUGUCCACCCACUCCUAUCUUGUCCCCCCCCCCCUGUCUCUCCAUCCUGAAUCUGUCCAAGCAAUACCAAGUCCAACAGACGUGCCUAUCAUAAUGCCAACUGGUUGCAAAACCGUGUCGAAAGCAUUGGUGCAGAGCUUUGGCUAUUGGUGGCAUCAGCCCUUGUGCCCUUUCUAGUUGAAAGCUUGACACUCUCUGCACACGCCUUCUGUCCGCUCGUUGUGGCAUGAUUAUUGGUUUCAGAGGAUUCUCUCAUCGCUUGCAGUUCAAGCAGUGCUGACCACUUUUUGAUCAGAGAAACAAUGAUUUAUCUCUUCAUUUAGGUCUUACUACCUUCUUUUUUUGGGACCUGUGAAAUUGUGUACAUGAGCAUUUCUAAUGUUAAUUAAGUCUGUCUUUUCCUCUUCAACUGAAUUUAUUAGAGCAUUUUAAAACCCUUUGAGGAUCAUUGUGUCCUCAAGUCAAUCUGUGCUUGUGUGUUAGUGUUGAAGGGUGGGUUAAAAAGCAGUGACUAACAUAAUGAUCACACACUCUUCUCUGACUAGUGUUUAUUUAAUUCAUAGCACAUUUAUACAUGUUGAUAUAUUAUAGAAAAACGUGAAUAUCCAUCUUUUUUUUUUUUCAAAGUUGUCUCUUAGCUGUGAAACCGAAAUGAAGAUUUCAGAAAUAAACAAACCAGUAUGAAUUCUGCCAAAUUCGCAAAAGGUAAUGACAUUGCUUACGCAGACAUGUUUGUCAGUUAACUAUGAAGGUGGUGGUUUUUAAUGCGCAGGAAAAAGUAGCAAAAUGAUGCAUGUUAUUUUUGUACAAUAUCACUUUUAAAAGAAGAUGUGAAAGGAGUAAAGCUGUGGUUGUGGUGAGGGAUCUGACAUGUUCAAACUGACUCUCACCUGCCCCUUUUGUAUGAUGGAUCCCCGCUUUUUAUCUGACAGAAAUCAUGUCAUUUCAUUCAGUGUUCAGUUAGAUGUGAACGGUUAAUGCUGAUUUAAUCAUGUUAAUUCACCAGCUCUGUUCAACCUGCUGCUGGCCUGUUUACUCAUACAUCACCUGAAUUCAUCUUCAAAUGGACACUUUCACAAUGUAUGACUGUUGGAAGUCAGGAUGUAAAUUUGUCAAAUUACUUUUCCUCAUGAGAUAAAAUGUAUAACAAUCUGAUUUAUGGAUUUUGAAAAGCUAUCCUGUGAUUAUUUUAUUUGCUAUUUCAUAUUUUUGGAUGCAAGACAAUCGCAUCCCAAAUCUCACCAAUGGCUGGUUUGUAGACAGGUGUGAUGAUGCAACACAUUGACAUGGUUUAGUUGAUUUUCAACUAGGCUUUGUUUUCCCACAAGCUUUUAUUUUGGGGUAAUAAGGUUAUAUUAAUUUCUUAUGUAAACACUAAAUGUUGAGUGAUUCGGACCCCCACCAGCCUUCAUUAGGCACCACACCUUGUGCACCUCUCGCAAAUGCAUUUCUUGUGUUUAAUAAUAUACAGUAUUUAUCCUUCAAUCAGUUUUGUCAUUAAGUCUAUUGUAGUAUGGCUUAUUUCUACCGAAUGUUCACAAUCAAAUUGAUGAAAAUGAUUCUUUGGCAGUCGUAGAGGUUGCAUCUGAAUGUCUGGAGCGGUGUGGUAAGAAGGCUACUUUACAGAAGAAAAUAAAUGUAUCGAGUGGAGAUACAGACUUCCAAACUUAUGCUCUUUGAAGAAGAAAUGUUAUGUAUUUAAAAAUCACAGUUCUUGCAUGUGACAAAAAACAACAAAUGCAAGAUGUCCAAGACCUAUGACAUGUUUGAAUGACUAUUUCAGAUUUGCAAACAUUCAUAUACCACAACCAACUGAUUUUUUUGCUUGUUUCAUUGUUUUGCAUCCCUCUGGUCUUUCUAAGCAUCGUUAGUAGUAGGGAGGAUCAGUACCAGCUACAGGUAUCCAGUCACCUCCACUGCCUUGCUAGGACCCUUUGAAGCACACCUCACUUCUCCAAUCAUGUCUCUAUUUCAAAUGUUUUUUUUAAAGAAAUGUGAUACUGUAAGCCUAAGUUGUGACUAGAAAGUUGGUCAAUUGGUGUUCAGAAAAAUAUUUUUACCAUUUGGUCCUGCAAACAUUUACGGUUUUGUGCUGGAAAUGUCACUCAGUGAUUAGAGGCGGGAUAAGCUCCAUGAACCACUGAUGUGACAGCUUUUAAAAAUGUAAUUUGGCUUUCCUAACCCAUGACCUCAUGUCUAUGAAAUGUUUGUUCCUGUUUCUACUGACCGCCUCCCACUCCCAUCAUUAUAACCCUAUCAUCAGCUUUUCUGUGUUCAUCUUUUCACUCUGUUUGAUUGCCUUUGUUAGCAUUCUAGUUUUACAUAUACUUCAUAUUGAACUUCUCCAUUUUCUUUUUUUUAACAUCAUGGAGAAAACGUUGCUUUCAUAUUUUCUAAGUGUAUUUUCAACAAACAUUUGAAUCCUUUUCCUUCCCGAUUUGGGUACGGUGAUGGUGUAGUCUAUUGUACCCCCUGGGAAACAAUACUGUAUGUCUGCCUUUGACAGUCUUAUCUUACCUUCUGGAGAACUUGACGGAUACCCUUAGGACACAACGAAUAUGUUUAAAAAUAAUAAUAAAGUCAUAUUUUGCAACAUGUAUCAUUCCAAUAAAGUUUUACUUGUUAAAAUUAAAA